AUCAAUCGCAGCUUGAUACUCAGUUCUGAGCUGGAGAUCGAAACAAGUGGAAGCGAAGUGAUUCUACGCCACCGAGUGACAAAACAAUGGCCAGCGUAAAAUCCAGCGUUUUUAGUGGCCUGUUGUUGUGGUUGUUUGUCAUGGUAUCCUUUGGCUGUGGACAAAGCAAGCCUGCUGGAUCUGGAUCAGGUUUUUUCCAUUUUCCGGAUAGAGUACAGCUCAAUUUGAGCGAUGUGUUAAAUAAGGACUGCGGCUCUACCGAGUAUGGAGACCGCGAUCGUCCCCAAGAAGGACGUCUGCAGGAAUCGCCCUGGUUGGUGUUAUUCUACUAUCCGGAUGAAAAGGUCCAUUUCUGCCAUGGAACGUUGCUUACCCAGAGUCACAUUCUGACGUCUGCUGUCUGUGCUAGCAAUAUGGUAGUGAAUAGCACGGAAGUUGCUCUGGGAGAAUACGAUCUCAGCACCCAGCAAGAUUGCGUAGACAUCGAGUGUUCGGAUCCGGUGCAGAAGCGGCUGGUACAGAAAAUAAUUACUCACGAGGGCUUUAAGCAGGAUACCUUCGAGAACGACAUCGCUCUCAUCGUAGUUCGAGAGGUGGCGUUGAGUGAUUCAAUUAAACCCAUCUGUUUGCCGCUAUUCAAGUUCGAAUUCGGAGACGUCAACGAACCGAACGUCUACAACACCCUCUGGACGACAUUCCCGCGCCCCCAACAGCACUGGAUGUAUUAUGUCGAGCUAAACGAAUGCCGGUCACUGAUUGGUAACAAAAUCAAUCUGAACGAUGGCCAAUCAUGCGCAAGGAGCUACCCCAACCGUACCAUCGAAAUGGGUGGCGGCGCUGGUUCGGCACUGGAAGUCGAGUAUCACCACCGAGUGUACCAGGUGGCGAUGCUGUCGAUUGGUAUACUGGACUCCGACCCGUAUACGCCUUUCAUCUAUGUCGAUAUAUCCAAGUAUAUCAAGUGGAUCCAUGACACGGUGAAGAGUAAUCAAAUUCCAUAAGACGGUUUGAGAUUUUUUAUUCGAUAAAUAAAUAUGUAUGAACAUCUGA